AUGACCCACCACCACACUUCGCAGCUCGGGCCUGGCUACCGGAGCAACAGUGCAGGCGACGGCCCGGAAAAGACGCGCGACCGCAAGCACUGGUUCCCGCGCUUCAAAUCGACGCUCGCCGGCAGCUUCCGCGCGACGCGCAUGUUUGCGUGCUGCGAGUGCGCGUUCGGCAAGAGCGACGGUCCCCACCGCUACAAAGCGUCCGACGGCACGCACUGCGUGUGCGGCAAGGACGAGUGGCCGCUCGCGAAGGCCGUCGAAGUCAACGAGUACAACCGACGGCUCGCGCUCUGCGCGGCCCACGACGGCAAGCGGUACGAAGACAUUGUGGCGGCCGGCGACGACGGCGCGCUCUCGCCGCUGCCGUUCGACGAGAGCAGCAUCCUCAUGCCGGACGCGGCGCUGAGCGAUUAUUUAAGCGAGUUUCUGGACGACGCCAGCAGCAUCGACGACGAGUUGUAACGCGAUGGACGACUUGCCGCCACUGACCGUCGCGCGUCCUGCGAUGCCCUCGAAACUAAUUACUAUGUGUGGCGACCAGGACCGACGAGGUCCAUUUGGAUCGCUGCACCAGUUGUACGACCAUCCAAGCAGCAUGGCCUCGAUCCAAGCACGACACGCAUACUAUCUAAAAUUCAUCUUAAAAGAGAGUGGUUACUUGGA